CGCAACCAUGGGUCUACUGAUGCUUAGAGCUUUCUUUCUCUCUUUAUUUGCGCUGGGGGUUGCUACUAAAACCCCCAAACUCAUUGAUGGGGCAUUUAUCAUUGAGUUGGUGGAUGAUGUUGAAGGAGAUGGGAUUUACCCGAGGGAUUUCGACCAGCAUGCUGAAUUCCAUAAACACGCAUCAAGGCUUCCUUUUGAAUACUCUGUCGCACAUGAAUAUCGUUACCCGGGUAUCUAUUUUGGCUUGUCAAUUCGGGUUUCAGGGAAUAAUGAUCUUAGAUCUCCCGAGUUCCAGCUUAGGGACGUCCCUGGAGUUGUGUCGGUGAAUCCGGUCUACGAGGUGUCUCUGUCGGAUCCGGACUUUCCAGGUAUUCGCUCAAUUGAUAACCCCCUCCGAUCAUAUACGAACCCUCCAGCAAUGCCGGUAAUAUUGCCAAAAUCUGAUGGGGAUUUAUCUUCGACCCUUGAAAUGGCUGGUAUAGAUAAGCUUCACCAGCUUGGAGUGAAGGGUAAGGGUGUAAAGAUAGGUAUCGUUGAUACUGGCGUUGACUAUCGUCAUCCGGCACUGGGAGGUGGUUUCGGUCCCGGCUUCAAGGUCGCUGGGGGUUGGUCUUGGUUAGCCGAUAACGGAACUGCGUUUGAGCACGACGAUCCGCUUAUUACGUGCUACGGAGGAGGGCAUGGCACUCAUGUUACGGGAAUUGUUGGUAUGGAACCUCUUCUAGAUGGAGACAAAACAUUGAACAUAUCCGGUGUUGCUCCGGAGGCAACAAUUUAUAUGUAUAGAGUAUUUGACUGUUUGACUAACGGUGGGUCGACCGAUCGUAUUAUGGCAGCAAUGCUGCGGGCGCAAGCAGACGGCGUUGAUAUCAUAAGCAUGUCGCUAGGUAUCCAGGAGUCAUGGCAAGAUGGGACUGAUCCAUUAACAAAAGUCGCCGCGCGCCUUGUGGAUGCAGGUAUAGCAGUUAUUGUUUCUCAGGGGAAUGCUGGAUCCGGCAGCAAAUACGACCCUCAACUUUAUCGCACGUCGACGCCCGCUGAGCUACCAAGUAUUAUAUCUGUCGGCUCAAUUGCAAAUAAAAACUUCCCACUCGUCUAUACCUUUACAGAUUCCCAAGGCGCUACGCUUUCAUAUGCGUCUCUAUGGCCCAUCGAAUUCCCUGACGGCUUAGAGGUCUACUUGCUUGACGAUGGCUGUGCCGGUACCAGCAAGUGGGAUGAUGCUGUAUCGCUUCUGGAGGAUAAUGGAAAACUCAACAAUACUAUAGUUGCAUUUCCUAUCACUAGCGACUGUCGUGAUACUGGUGCUAGGGGCUGCUGCUCGAAGCGCAGUAUUCCUUACAUAAUGGGACUCUAUACGAAUAUGUCAGACCCGUACAAUGUAGCCUACGAGAUACCUUCCUCGGGCUCCAUAGGCGAUGGUUCGGUUCAGUACAUAUCAGUGAGUUUAGAGGAUAGCACUACACUUCUGGCGAAUAUGAACACCACCGGGCCCGAGAAAUAUAGGCUGUACUUUAAUGACACCUCCUAUUCGAGCCCUGCACAGGUUGUGGGUGGUAAAAUGGACUACUACUCGGCCUUUGGCCCUAUCUACCUGGACUACGACUUGAAGCCUCAAAUAUCGGCACCUGGUGGCGAAAUACUUUCUACUUGGCCUCUCGGAGAGCAAGGAUACUACUCCCUUCUAUCAGGCACGUCAAUGGCAGCCCCAUUUAUUAGCGGUUGUUACGCAUUAGUAAAAUCCCAGUUCCCUGACUUAUCUGUCACCGAAAUAAUUUCACUUCUACAGUCAACUUCAAGGCCCACGAAAUGGGUAUAUAACGAUACUAUGACUGCGGGGACCUUUCAACAGGGGGCCGGCUUGGUCAAUGCAUAUAACGCUAUCACAUAUCAGAGUCGCGUGUCUCCAGGCCAACUCCUUGUAACUGAUAACACGCGCACUACGUUCGGAGCAGUCAAUAUAACAAUUAAGAACUAUUCAAAUUCCACGAAGAAAUAUGAGUUAUCCCACGAAGGUGCCAGCUAUUCGGAACCAAACCCCCCUAAUAACCCCAUCUUUUCUCAGGAGAAUCAGCUCCCGAUAUAUGGGUCUGCCGAGUUUGAGUCAUCAACCAUCGAAGUCCCAGCAGAAGAAUCUACACUUGUAUCUUUUAAAAUCUUACCUCCCACCUCGGGUCUCAAUCCCGAACGACUACCAGUAUUUGGUGGCUUCAUAAAGGUGACCAGUGACAACGAAGAGUUCAGUGUGCCAUAUUCUGGCCCUCCUUACUCCUUAUACAAUGCCCAGUACAUUCAUGUCCUAAACACGAGCACGUCAGUGCAGCCGCAAAUCUCGUACAAGUUUCAGGACGACUGGUUUAUUAACAAGGGCUUACUGGAAGUUAAUUCUUCUAUGCUGUAUCGCUCGCUUAUCGGCCGCGACCAGUUCACUCGUGGAUAUCGGAUUGAUCUCGUACCUGCUAAUAUUAGUAUAGAACCUGACUUCUAUGGCUAUGAUCCGGCCGAACCGUAUGAGUACCGUUCCUCGAAUACGAUACCGCCGAUAUCAGUGUUCGGGCUGCCAUCCUACGGCACUCUAGUAAAUUCUACCGAAUUGCUGUCUCCGUCUACUUUUAACUGGCCCCAAGGAACCGGGCUUAAGGCUACUCUUCCUAACGGAACCGAAUACUCACCCGGCCCGGGAGACUACCGUUGGCUUGCUAGUGUGCUACGUUGGGGUGGAGACCCCGAUAUAUUGGAGGAUAAUGAGACAUGGCUUUCAGGGGUUAUAAGAUUCGUAGGAGAUGGGCCUGUAACAGAGCCUAUCUAGGUAGGGAUAUCCGAUGUACUUAUGGAUGGGAUAGUAGAUAUGCUUCAACAGUGAAACGUAUAUGAAUUAGUUACUUAGGAGCUAUUAACCUUACAUAACUGAUUUCGCCCCUAGGAUAUGAAGAUAAAUGGUACGCUCGGGGAGAGUGUGGGACAAGCUAUGUGGAUUUAAAGUGGAAUCUUA